GACGCUUGUUGGGAGUUUAGACUAGCUGAGAGAGCAAAAUGGCGGACGAAGAUAUUACGCUUGAUGGAAAACCUCUACAAUCGCUCCGAGUGGCGGAUUUGAAAGCCGCUCUGGAGCAAAGAAACCUCCCGAAAAGCGGGCAGAAGAACACGCUCGUCAAGCGACUGAAGGGGGCUCUGAUGCUGGAAAACCUCCAGAAGUCAUCUUCCUCUCACAGUGGGCUGCAGCCCAACUCUCAGAUAGGGGAAGAGAUGUGCCAGAACAGCUUCAUAAAACAGUAUCUGGCCAAGCAGCAGGAGCUCCUUCGCCAGAGGCUGGAGAGAGAGGCCCAGCAAGAGGACGAAGCUGAUGAAAGCCCAGCCAUACCAGAGGAGGACGACGACCACUCUGAGGACAAUGACACCUCUUCUUAUGUCUCUAGCAAGCAGCAGCAGCAAACCAAGCCCUCCCACCCCAGGGCUGAAGAGAGAGGAGCCGGAGACUCAGUGGUGGGUCAUGCCCCUGGUCCUACCUUCCAGCCCUCUGAGGCUAGGAUGCAGCGUGCCACCUUUCACCAAGGACACAAGGAGCCACCAGCCCCUUCUCCUCCCCGUGCCGUGGCCUCCCUGUCAGUGCGUGUCCUGGGGCAGCCGGACCGCCAGGGGCUGCCCCCAGCUCUACCUCGAGCCCCCGAGAAGGAGGGCACCGCCCCGAGCGAACCGGGAUCGGCUCAUCCCGUCCUCCACCUCAGCCGAUCCGCUGGAGGUUCGGCAGGAAGCCACGCCCACGAGGACAGCGACGAGGGCGACGACGGCGACGACGAAAGCGACGACGACGAGGAUUGGCCUGGUCCCGGUGGGGCACGGAAGGGAAACAGAGCGCCGCCCCCACCGCAGCAGAUGCCACCCAGUGCCCCAUCGGCGGCUGCAAGAUCCAAACGCAAGCUUCAGCCUCCACAGCACAUUCCACCUCCGCAGGUAAACCACACCCCCAUGCAGCUGCGCCACCCCACUCCUCCUCCCUCUCCACCUCCCAACCUGUUCCCAUUACCGGACACUCCCAAGCAGAGCCCACCUGACGACCAGGAGGGAGAAGGCCCCGAAGCUGUGCGCGGCCCCAGGGCGGCGUCUUUCCCACCUCCCACCAUGCAGAGGCAAAACUCAGACUCAAGCUCUCGUUCCAGCAGCCCCGAGCCCCCUGUGAAGCGCAGACCAGGGCCACUUUCUUUGCUCGUACACAAGAUGGAGUCAGAAGGGGAUUUCUGUGCGGCGGAGUCCACAUCAGCUCCCGGUAUGUCAGGAGAGGCGGCGCACUCCUCGGCCGGGUCGUCCAGCGAGUCCCCACUGCAAAAAUUGGAAACCAAGAGGCAGCAAGAGAACAGAGAGAGGGAGGAAGAGAGAAAGAUGAAGGAGGAGAAGGAGAGAGAACAGCAGAGAGAGCUGGAGAGAAAACAGGAAAGGGAGAAAAGGCAGUUGGAAGAAGAGAAAGAAAAGGAGAAAAAGCGACUGGAAGAGGAAAAAGAGAAGAAACUCCACGAUGAGGAGAAGAGGAAAGAGGAGAAAAGGCUCAAGCAGGAGCAGGAAAAGAAACAAGAGGCAGCCAGUAAACAGAGGGUGGUGGUGACUGAGGCCCAAGAUCCAGGUUCCUCCUCAGAUUCUGACUCAAAAUCAGACUCCUCCUCCAACUCAUCACAGUCGUCCUCCUCCUCUGGAGAUGAAUCCCAACAUGCCAGGCAGAUGAAGAAGGCAGACAAAGGACAAGACGAUAAAGAUGAGAUAAAGACUAACCUAAGUACAGUGGCGGAGAAACGAUACCUUUCAAAGAGGGAGGUGUCGGAGCCCAGCGCAGCCGCUGUGACGGAGGUGGAGCCGGACUCGGAGAGCUCCAUGGCCCAGCAGCCGGCCUCCGGGGCUGAGCCGGAGAACAGCGACGCCCGCCUGGAGGAGAGCACCACUCCUAAGGCUUUCGCUGCCCGCAAGAUCUCCUUAACCAGCAGCAAGACGUCUCCAGCCGCCACAGAUGGAGGAGCGGGGGAUCCGGAGACGGGGACGGCAGCGGGCAGGAAGAGGCGAUGGGGCUCCAGCACCACGGUCACCGCUAAGAAACCAUCCAUCAGUAUUACCACCGACUCGCUGAAGUCUUUGAUCCCAGACAUCAAACUAAACCAGGAGGCUGUGGUGGAGCUGCACCCGGAGGAGCUGCAGUUGUCCGGGGAUGAGGAGAACAUGGACACCGGCCGGGGCGACCCGGACAAAAGCCUCAAGAUCCGACGCACCGUCACUCAGGUUGUCCCUGGUGACAGCCAGGAAAACGGACAGGCAAAUAAAGAUGAAGAAGAAGAAGAUGAAGAGGAAAAAGAAGAAGAACAGCAAGAAGAGGUGGAGAAAACAGAAAGAGAAAUACAACGCAGGUCGUCCAGAGACAAAAGGAAGAACAGUCUCUCUGAAGAAGCCUCGGAAACACAGACAUCCGUCAGCCUGGAAGGAGAGGCAAAGAAAGUCACUCCCAGCGACAGCCUGGUGCGUCGCUCCAUAAGUCAGCAGAAGUCCGGUGUUUCGGUCACAAUCGACGACCCCGUCCGCACGACCAAGCAGCCCUCGCCACCGCGGGGAAAAGUUUCAAACAUCAUCCACGUGACAAACCUGGUACGACCCUUCACCCUGGGCCAGCUCAAAGAGCUGCUGAGCCAGACAGGCAGCCUGGUGGAAGAGGGCUUCUGGAUCGACAAAAUCAAGUCUCACUGCUACGUCACGUACGCUACUACGGAGGAGGCAGCCGCUACCAGAGCUGCUCUCCAUGGGGUUAAAUGGCCGCAGAGCAACCCCAAGGACCUUAGUGUGGACUUCUGUGAGCAGGAUGAGCUGGACUUCCACAAAGGCGUCCUGAAGCCAGACAAGGAGGAGGACAAAGUCGUCCAGCCGGCCGGUCCUCAGCCCCGGCUGCCCCCCCUGAUGCCCGAGCGAGACAGGGACCGCGAGAGGGACAGGGACAGAGAGCGCGAACGGGACCGGGAGCGAGACAGAGGCGUGCGCGACCUGUGGGCCGAGCGGAAGAGGGAGAUGGAGCGCCGGGAAAAGGCGCGAGGUGAGCGGGAGUGGGACCGGGACAAGGUCCGGGAGUUCGCGCGGCCGGGUGAGGAGGAGCGGCGGUCACGGUCCCGAGACAGAGAGAGGAAGAGGAGAGAACGAGCCAAGAGCAAGGAGAGGAAGACUGACAAGAAGGCAGAGAAGGGAGAUGAACCUCCAGCCAAGUUGUUAGACGACUUGUUCCUCAAGACUAAAGCAGCUCCAUGUAUAUACUGGCUUCCCCUCACUGAGGAGCAGGCCACGCAGAGGCUUUUAGAACGCACAGAGCGGCAAAAAGAGCGCGAGCGGAGGCGCGAAGAGGAAGACAAGAAGCGGGAAGAGGAGAAGAAGGAGAGGCUGAAGAGCCGGGAGAAGGAGGGAGGCGCGGUCGCAGCCGGCGGGUCGGCCGGACGAGCGCCCGACGGAGACAGGGAGCGGGACCGCGGCCGAGAGAGGGAGAAGGAGGGGGACAAGAGGAGGGACGGCAGCCACCGGCCGAGACGACCCUCGCCGGCCGCCGCCGCCGGUGGUGGUGGUGGUGGUGGUGGACGGCGGUCACGUAGUCGUAGCAACCCCAGGGACAGACGCCGCUGAGGGCCGAGAGGCCACCAGGAAAAGUUGAAGAGAGAGGGAAGCAGCGUAGCGGAGGACGCGGCAGACAGGAUGUCUUCUCGGCGAACCAUCUCUCUCCUCGUGUCCGGGACUCGUCUGGCCCCUCGCUACCUGCCCCGCUGCGCUUUAAUUGGUCCACUUCAAUGCCAGCGUUGUCUUCCACACACUUCUACCAUUUCCCCCCACCUUCAUAAUGUUAACAGAUAACCCCGGUUCCGUUGACGUCAGUUCUUCUGUUCUCUUUCCGUCUUCCAGAAGCGAAAUUCAGUCCUCUGUCCUGUAGAGAGCAGCGUUUCUCCUCGUCCGUGUGUAGUGCUGUUAAUUCUCCUCCAUUGAAGAAAAAGAAGCAGAGUGCGGUUGUUUUCUUGCUCUCCUCUUCAUUUUGUCCCUCUGAGGUUUGGGAGCCCGCCUCUUUAUUUUAGUUCUGCGGGCACACAGUUCCUUCCUUCCUCCUCGGAGCCCUGUAAUAAAACCGGUCCAAAAUAGAUCCCCGACCUUCACGUAUUUUCUAGGAUCACUUUUAAUGUUGCACUCGGCACUAAGAUUCUUUUAUAUGUGACUAAAUUCACAGGCAAAGUGAGGAAAGUUUGAUUUGACCUUUUAUGAAUCAUGUUUUUUGUUUUUUCCCCCCCAGCCUUGGAGGGUUGUUGUGUGUUACUGCAGGUAAAGUUAGAGUAAUAAUCUUCAACUCCCACAAAGAUACAACAGGUCUCAACACUGUAACGUAGGAAAUAGGAAGAGACAUGGUAUUAUGCCUGAGUUUGUCUUUAGUGGAUAUUUUUGGGGACGAGGGGGAGAGGAUACGAAGAAUGCCUCCUCCUACCCUUCAAUCAUAUAUUUAAGAAGAGGUAAAAAAAAUAAAAGGUUUAUAGAGGAAUGGUUACAAUUUUAAUAUUUUUAAUUUUUAGUUUGAAACCGUCUUGAUUUUGUUGCUUCUUUUCUCCCUCCUCCCAGUGCUGAAUGUACCGAGAGUUUAAAAACGAAUAAAUUUAAAUUGGUUA